GCUCGGUUGAUCUGGCGCAGCUGUGUGCACUGCAGCCGACGCAAAGUGGCGCGCCAGACAGCGCAGCCGCAGAGCAGAACAGGCGCGGACAGACACAGCAGCAGCCAUGGCAGACGAGAAACCUAAGGAGGGAGUGAAGACAGAGAAUAAUGAGCACAUCAACCUGAAGGUAGCAGGCCAGGACGGCUCAGUGGUGCAGUUCAAGAUCAAGAGGCACACUCCUCUCAGCAAACUGAUGAAAGCUUAUUGUGAACGGCAGGGGCUGACAAUGAGGCAAAUACGAUUUCGAUUCGACGGUCAGCCCAUCAAUGAAACAGACACACCCUCGCAGCUAGAAAUGGAGGACGAAGAUACGAUUGACGUGUUCCAACAGCAAACCGGAGGCUCUUCUCUUUAAAGACUGUUUCCUACAAACAUCCCUACCUCCCCUUCUCAUCCCUGAACAUGCCCAGUCUUCAAAUGCUCAUGACCAGUGUUGACACCAUCCACGUUUGCGAAAUGCAGCAGCACAGUUGGUGUACCUAGAUUUACUCACACUGUCAUAUGUAUUUUAACAUGUCUGAACUGUGGAGUGUUGACACCUUGUAAGCUGCAGUGAGUCUAAUGUCCUGAAGAAAUAAAAGACAUCAUAAUCUUUUUUUUCUUUCCUUGAAGUUUUGGAAGAAAACUCCUUGGUCCUUUUUUUCUUUUUUUUGGUUUUUAUACUUAUGUUGAGGUUCAGAUGGAAUUUUGUUAUUGUCAAGUAAGCCUGCAUUUAAAUUCACAUCUGUUAUUAUGAAAAUGUAUUAUUGGAAUAAAUUGAGUCUUUUUUU